UAUGAGGUGUAUACCAUUACUAUUCCCCUUUUACUGGUGAGAAAGUGGAGAUUUAAAAAGUUCAAUAAUCUGCUUAAAGUUCCAUAGGUAGUUAAGUGGAAACCAAAAUAUAAUCAAGACAAGGAAUUAGAAUUGGAUGGUUAAGGAUCCAGGCUAAGAGAACACUCACAUUCGGCUUCUCAGGGGAGGUCUUUCCAAUGAGAUUACAUCACCCAGAGUCUAUUGGUCAAGUCUCCUCUAAAGGAUAGUUCUCAGAAAACCUGGGACUACCUAAUUUCAAGGCUUCAUAGCUCAUUCUCCGACUUACCAGGAAGGAUAUAUCAUUCACAUUGUUCCCAAGUAUCUUAUGCAAUAGGACCAAUAGAACUUUCUGUGAUGGUGAAAUAUUCUAGAUCUACGUUGUCCAAUGCGGUUGCUACUGUCCACAUAUUAACACUUAAGAUAAGACGAGCGUAACUGAGGAAUUGAUUCCAAUUUAAUUUAAUUAAUUUUAAUUUAAGUAGCCAUAUAUGACUAGUGGCUACUAUUUCAGUGCACAGAACAGCAGGGGGAUAAUGUGUUUUUAGAAAAAAAAUAACAUGAGGCAGUUGGUCAUCACUGAGAAAGAAGCAAAGGGAUCCAACCAGUCUUAUUAUGAGAAUAUCGUGUGUGAAUGUCACUCAGCAACAGCUGUUUCCCCGAUCAGCUAAACUGUCCUACUCAUUUCCUUGUUAGUAUAGCAGUUUCUGAGGACAAGAAGCCCAUUUGUUUGAGCAGUUAAAAAGUCAGUAGAGAAUUAUUAAAAUUGAAAACUCAGAGAUAAUUUGUCCUGGUUAAAUCCUUUGGGUAGCUCUUCCACCCAGGAUCCUCUCAAGGCAAGGAUAGUUCUGGGGUUGUGAGGAGAGGAGAAUGAAAUCAGAAGUAGACUGAGGAGUGAGAAUAGCUUUGCAAAUGGUAAGUGAUUUGGCAAGCUGAACUGAAACAUACCCAUGCACUAUCACUCUUUUCCCCUUUCUUGGCAACUAGGGCAAGUGUGCCUCAGUUUUUCAACCACGGGGUUUUGACUCAGAAGACCUGGGGUAAAGUCCUAACUUCAUCCCUCACUAACUGCAUGACUUUAGAUAAAUCACUGAAUGUCACUGCCUUGUAGAGUCUGUAAAAUAGGGUAGAAGAUAGUGGGCCUCAGAUGUAAUACCUUCCUCAGAGGAUGUGAGAAGGAUCAAAUGAGGUAAUGCAUGUGGAACCACUUUGUAAACACGUGAAAGCUGUUGAAAUGUCUUGGCAAUGAUUACUGCAUUUGUACAGAUCACUAUUGCCUUUGAAACAGCUUUCAUAUUUAUUGCGUUUUUAUCUUCACAACAAGUCUAUGAGGGAAGUAGGGCAGGAAUUAUUAUCUAUGUUUUACCAUCUGUUGAUGUAGACAAAUGAGGCCCAGAGAAGCUGAGAGACUGGCCUAAGGUUAUACAGGGUGUCUGAUUGCAUUAAAUGUGAGCUUAACCCUAGUCCUACCAAUUCCUAUUCUAGAGCCCUCUCUUCCAAAAAAUAAGCAACAGUCACAAGCUUGAUAUCCACCAGUUGUGCUGUAGAAACUAUUUCUACUCAGUAAGCAAGCCACCCUACAACCUGAGUCCAAAGAUGAAGAAUCAUAACAUCAAUGUAAUGAUGGUGGGUAUCCACCCACUGUGCUAAGCAUUUCAUCAAUAUUAUCUUCUUUAAUCCUCAUACUAACUCUAUGAGAUUUUAUGGUUAUAAGUCCCACUUUAUAGAUGAGGAAAUGGAGGCAGAAAAUGGUUCAGGAAUUGGUUCAUGGUCCAUGGAGCUAGUGAGUACCAAGGGAGUCUGGAUAUAUUAGUUUCCUAAGGAUGCUUUAAUGAAGUCCCAAACUGGGUGGAUUAAACAACAGAAAUGGAUUGUUUCACUAUUCCUAAGGCUAAAAGUCCAAAAUCAAGGUGUUGGCAGGGUUGAUUCUUUCUGGAGGCUGUGAGGGAAGGGUGUGUUCCUGGUUUCUCUCCUUGGCUUGUAGAUCCCUGUGUCUCUUCAUACUGUCUCUGUGUCUAAAUUUCCCAUUUAUAUAAGGACAUCAGUUAUAUGGGAUAAGGGAUCACCUUCAUGAUUGCAUUUUAACUUGAUUACCUCUAUAAAAACCCUCUCUCCAAAUAAUGUCACAUGAUGAGUUUAGGACUUCAACAUACCAAUUUUGUAGGGGGUGGGGGUGGGACACAAUUCCACCAAUAACACUGGAUAUAAACCCAGAUCAAUUGGCCUUAUACUGUUAAGCAUUAUGCUUUAUUGUUUCCUGACAUCAUAAAAUUAAAUUAUUCUGUAGUCUUUUGAUAGGAACAAAUGUCAAGACCUAGAGCAUGGCAAUUGAUCCCAAAUCCACUUUUAGGGCCACUGACCAGAAAUCUAUUCUACAUAUUAAGUUCUGAAACUGGAAAGUACUCCCCAAAAUUAAGCUAAGAGACUGGUUUCCAGUUUACUAGGCAACUUGGCAUCGAGGACUUUUCUCAUAAACAUUUACAAAUAUUCUGCUCUGUAAUGAAGUUAAUCAGUAAACCAUACAACCUCUGGCCUCUGUCACUCCUUACCUGGUCUCAUUUUCAGUUGCUGUGAAUAAGCUAAGAAUGGUAAUGCAGUUUCAGGGGUUAGAAUAUCCAAUUCAAAGUAGUCCUCGCCAUAGCCACACAUCAUCAGGAUUUGUCAUGGAAAUGAUGAGCAUGAAGCCUGAUAAAGGUGUACUAACAGAACAAGCAGCAGGUCCUUUGGGACAGAAUCUAGAAGUGGAACCAUACUCACAAUACAACAAUGUUCCAUUUCCCCAAGUUCAACCACAGAUUUCCUCAUCGUCCUAUUAUUCCAACCUGGGUUUCUACCCCCAGCAGCCUGAAGAGUGGUAUUCUCCUGGAAUAUAUGAACUCAGGCGAAUGCCAGCUGAGACUCUUUACCAGGGAGAGAUUGAGGUAGCAGAGAUUCCUGUAACAAAAAAGGCUCGAAUGGGUACAACAACGGGGAGAAUAAAAGGGGAUGAAUUAUGUGUUGUUUGUGGAGACAGAGCAUCUGGAUACCAUUAUAAUGCGCUGACCUGUGAGGGGUGCAAAGGUUUCUUCAGGAGAAGCAUUACCAAAAAUGCCGUGUACAAGUGUAAAAAUGGGGGCAACUGUGUGAUGGACAUGUACAUGCGAAGAAAGUGCCAAGAGUGUCGCCUAAGGAAAUGCAAAGAGAUGGGAAUGUUGGCUGAAUGUAUGUAUACAGGCUUGUUAACUGAAAUUCAGUGUAAAUCUAAACGGCUAAGAAAAAAUGUGAAGCAGCAUGCAGAUCAGACCAUUAAUGAAGACAGUGAAGGUCGAGAUUUGCGACAAGUGACCUCGACGACUAAGUCAUGCAGGGAGAAAACUGAACUCACCCCAGAUCAACAGAAUCUUCUUCAUUAUAUUAUGGAUUCAUAUAGCAAACAGAGGAUGCCUCAGGAAAUAACAAAUAAAAUUUUAAAAGAAGAAUUCAGUGCAGAAGAAAAUUUUCUCAUUUUAACUGAAAUGGCUACCAGUCAUGUACAGAUUCUCGUAGAAUUCACAAAAAAACUUCCAGGAUUUCAGACUUUGGACCAUGAAGAUCAAAUUGCUUUGCUGAAAGGGUCUGCAGUAGAAGCUAUGUUCCUCCGUUCAGCUGAGAUUUUCAAUAAGAAGCUUCCAGCUGGACAUGCUGACCUAUUGGAAGAAAGAAUUCGGAGGAGUGGUAUCUCUGAUGAGUAUAUAACACCUAUGUUUAGUUUUUAUAAAAGUGUUGCAGAAUUGAAAAUGACUCAAGAAGAGUAUGCUCUGCUUACAGCAAUUGUUAUCCUCUCUCCAGACAGACAAUACAUAAAGGACAGAGAGGCAGUAGAGAAGCUUCAGGAACCACUGCUUGAUGUGCUACAAAAGCUGUGCAAGAUUUAUCAGCCUGAAAAUCCUCAACACUUUGCCUGUCUCCUGGGUCGACUGACUGAGUUGCGGACAUUCAAUCAUCACCAUGCCGAGAUGCUGAUGUCUUGGAGAGUAAAUGACCACAAAUUUACCCCACUUCUCUGUGAAAUCUGGGAUGUGCAGUGAUGAGCAUUGCAGGAGCAACAGCAUCUAGUGAUUUAUUUUCCUUAUAAUAUAAAUCUGAUGUAUAACUUUCUUUUAUUUCAUUUGUACCUGGUUUCACACAAGAAUUUUGAUGAAUAUUUAUGCAGUAAUUAUGUAACUUCUACCAUUGUAAAUAUGAAGCUAGAUAGGAUUACUUUCUUUACAUUGUAUUUUACAUGGCUUCAGGGAUUCUUUCACUCUAAGUGGCAUGCCCUGUUUGCCUAAUCAAACUGAUCAUUCUUCACUUCUAUCUUUUGAAAUAGGGAAAAUUUCAUUUUGCUCUUUAUCUUACCUUGUUGCAUAUAUUUUAUAAAAGAGUUGUGUUCAAUUUUGGCAAUAAACUCAGCAUAAUGGCAA